AUGAAAGUUAUCAUCAACGGUACUGCCUUGGACCAGAACCCAAAGCACCAUGCUCCAAUUCCUCUUUACAAGGAAGUAUCCAAAUGGGACCAUGAAGCCGAAGCCAAAAUCAAACAAAAGAUCCGACGCAACCCUCAAAACGCAACACCAACCUACGAAAAGGAAUUCACACCUUGGGAUGGUGAUACAGUGGAAGACUACUGUCAAUUCAGAUUUACUUGGAACGAACUCGAAGUCGGACAAGCCCUGAAUGCUCCUGGAAAACACCACACGAUUCUAUCUAUUCUCUCCGGUCAAGCAAAGGAGAAUUGGCAAACAGCGGUCUCUCAACUUCCAGACGAUCAGCAAACGACCCAACAGGGUUUCGACACAGCAAUGGAAAGUUUUGCCCUCUGCUACUGCACUUCGGAUGCUCGUCAGAAGCAACGUCGCUUCAUCAACAAAGCUUUGAGAUUGCCCAAGAAUAUGUCGAUCUGA